AUGGCUGACUCGCAUACUCCGAAGCCGAGCAGCAGCGUCAAACUGGUGCUGCUUGGCGAAGCGGCCGUCGGAAAGUCAUCCCUCGUACUGCGUUUCGUCAAUAACGACUUCCAAGAGAAUAAGGAGCCAACAAUAGGUGCUGCUUUCUUAACACAAAAAUGCAACCUCCCCACGCGGACCAUCAAGUUCGAGAUAUGGGACACAGCAGGACAGGAGCGUUUCGCUUCCCUUGCCCCGAUGUACUACAGGAACGCACAGGCAGCUCUGGUUGUCUAUGACCUGACGAAACCGACGUCUCUCAUCAAGGCCAAACACUGGGUCGCCGAACUCCAACGCCAGGCGUCACCGGGGAUUGUCAUUGCGCUAGUGGGCAACAAGCUUGAUCUUGCCAACCCCGGCGCUGGUUCGGUUGCAGAUGGCGCGGCUGACGACUCGGAGGGCGUGGGCGAGGGAGACGACUCCGGCGACGCCCGGAAGGUGUCUACAGAAGAGGCCAAGGCGUACGCGGAAGAGGAGGGCUUGCUGUUCCUCGAGACCAGCGCUAAGACGGGUUUCAAUGUUACGGAGGUGUUCACUGCCAUCGCAAAUGCCAUCCCGGAAACAUCGUUGAAGAGUGCGCGGGGUCCGGGCGCCUCCAAUGCAGCCGGCCGCGCAGGCGAGGAGCAGAGAGUGAAUCUUAGCGGGCCUCGCGAUCCAAAUGCCAAAGAAGGCUGCGCGUGUUGA